AUGGAUUGGCAAGGGCAGAAGUUGGUGGAGCAGCUGAUGCAGAUCUUACUGGUGAUCUCCGGCGUCGUCGCGGUGGCUGUUGGCUACGCGACGGAGUCCUUCAGGACGAUGAUGCUGAUCUACGCCGCUGGUGCUGUUCUCGCGACUCUGAUCACUGUACCUAAUUGGCCCUUCUACAAUCGUCAUCCUCUCAAAUGGUUAGAUCCGAGCGAAGCCGAGAAGCAUCCGAAACCACAAGUUGUCGUUUCUUCCAAGAAGAAAUUCUCUAAGAGAUAG